AUGGUCUCGGCACAGCUUCGUAACAAAGCAAAUGAGUUUUUAAACUCUAGAAAACAUGCUAACAAUCUGGCUGAUAUCUUACAAAUGUUUGAUGCUGAAACUGAUAAUUAUACGCCACUAUUGCUGACUAUAGAAGUAAUAUUCACCGAAUUGCUAAAAAGGGGCGACCUGGUGCAAGAAAUCAUCCCAUUAAAACCAAUUGAACACAGUCCUGAAUCUGAAUAUACAAGAUGGCUGCAUGAAUGCUAUGAAGCAGCACUUGCUCGGUGUCUGGAAUGCAUCCGGAGAGGCCGUACCAGUUCCCGUUUGCAAGCUCUUGUUACUGCUUGCAAGCUGCUCCAGGCUGAGGGUCGUCACCCAUUGGAGACUGCUAAUGGAUAUUACUUUCCAUCUGUACGUCUGAAGAAUAUAUUCAAUGUGUUACUGGAUUCAGAAAUAUCAAUGUCAGCACCCAUUGCCCGGUUCCAAGAGUUCACUGAGUACAAAGAUGUACAGCAAUACGGCCUCAAGGUUCUUGCAACAAUGGGUUACAAAAAAACACCAUCAACAAUCUACAUGCAGAACUAUUUGGAGCUGAUGGACAAGCUACUUGCAACUGAAAUUCCCACUGAAUACAAGAACAAAGCAAAAGACAGGGAAGAGGAGAAAGAAGAAAAGGUGUUGUGUGCAGCAGAAGGGAGGCCGAGCUUCGUGUACCACGCGACUAUAUGCCGGCGCCAGGCGAACCGCUGCUGGGGCUUCGCCUGCCAGUGGGCGCUCUGCGAGGAGCCCCGCGCACACCGGCGCGCCCUCCUGCUCCUCGUGGAGCGAUUGAUGCCGCUCCUGUCGCGGCCCCAUCUCGCCACCGACAUGCUCUGCGACAGCCUUGACGCGGGUGGCCCCAUAAGCAUGCUGGCACUGCAGGGAGUGCUGGAGCUGGUGCGGCGGCACAACAUCGACUACCCGGACAUGUACGACCGCCUCUACGCCAUGUUCGAACCGGAGAUGUUCGCCACGCGCUACAAACGCCGUCUGAUCCACCUCGCAGACAUAUUCCUAAGCUCCACUCAUUUGCCCGAGGGUCUGGUAGCGGCGUUCGCUAAGCGCUUGUCCCGACUGGCACUGGUCGCAUCACCGGAGGAUGCCAUCUCCCUCCUGCAGUUGGUCGCUAAUCUGCUUCUGCGGCACCCAGCGCUCAAACGCAUGAUCUGCUACGAGGACACUCCCGCCAUAAUGUCGGCGGACCCGUACGUGAUGGAGGAGACCAGCGCGGUGGGGGCGCGCGCGCUAGGCUCGUCGCUGUGGGAGGUGAGCGCGCUGCGGCGGCACGUGGCGCCCGCGGUGGCGUCUGCGGCCGCGCGCGUCCUCGCCGCGGCGGACCAGCGCGCCGCGCCGCUCGCCCUCGCGCCGCCCGACGCCGCGAUGUUCGACGCCGAGCUGAAGAAGCGCUUCAAGACGAUAGAGAUGAACUUCAUGCGACCGCAGGGCCUCGCGCUGCCGGUCGCCGCCGAGCGCGUCGCCCACUACUGGCAGCUGACCGCC